CCCUGCUGAGGGUGCACAGCCAUAAAAGGGUGACCAGCAGCACCUUGGGCUCACCAAACCCUGGAGCUGCCACUGCCAGAAUGAAACUCCUCUCGCUGCUCCUCUUCUUGCUAGGACUGGCCCUUGCCAGCUGCAACUUGGCCCAGUUUGCAGUGAUGAUUAAGCAGAAGACCGGGAAAUCGCCGCUAGCUUACAACGGAUACGGCUGCUACUGCGGCUGGGGGGGGUCCAAACAGCCCCUGGAUGCCACCGACAGGUGCUGCCACGCCCAUGACUGCUGCUACAAGAAAUUGGUCGCCUCCGGCUGCAGCCCCAAAACGGCCACGUACAAAUACGUCUUCCGAGGAAACCAAAUAACCUGCGGAAACGGGAACUCAUGCCAAAAACGGACCUGUGCGUGCGACAAGAAGGCAGUGGAGUGCUUCCAGAGGGCAGCCAGCUCCUACCGCAAAUCCUACAACAACUACCCCAAAUCCAAGUGCAAGGGCCGAACACCCUCCUGCUGAACACUCCUGCCAGGCUGGGGCUCCAAACCUGCCAGAAACCAUCAGAGCUGCGGGGUUCUGCCUUCCCUGUGGCCAGGCAGGACACGGCACAGCCCUGUGGCACUGAAAAAGCAUCCAGCACCUUU